AUGAGCGGUGCGGUACGCGCCGGAUUACUGAUCUGCGCUGUGAUCGCCAUCGCUGAAUCGCAGUAUGAUAAUUGCUUCGAUGUUGAGUCGACGAUCAAAAGAAUUUUAGAUCCUAAUGAUACGACUGUUUGUAUUUGCGCAUACAAUGGAGCAACAGUAGUUAAAGGAAUGGACUUGACGUUCACACAAACCUCAGUUCAAACGUUGAUUGAUAGCUUUGAUGCUCUAAAUGGAACCAAGUUUGGAAGAAUUCGCAUCAAGAAUUCUUCUCUCAAUGAACUACCGGAAGAUAUUUUUGAAAUCGUUGAGCCGCAAGAACUUAUCCUUGACACUUGCGAAUUAAAGCAUCUGCGCGUUUCCCCGAUGGGAAAUUCUGCGCAAUAUCUCAAGAAGCUUAUCGUUAGAAACAACACUAUUCAUAGAGUCGAAAGAGGAUUUUUUGCUGGAAUGAAGAAUCUUUAUAGAUUAGAUUUGUCUAAUAAUGACAUUUCGUUGAUUGAUGCGGACAGUUUCCAAGAUUUAAGAGAACUUCGCGAGUUGUUCAUCAAUCGAAAUUUUAUUUCCGACAUUGAGGAUUUCACAUUUUCGAAACUCAAACACCUCAGACAAUUAGUAAUGCUUGAUAAUACGUUGAAAAGCAUCAAAAAGAACACUUUUGCUGGACUUGAUAACGUGGAGAUGCUUGUUUUGAAUAGUAAUCAGCUGAACGAAAUUGAUUGGACUGCGUUUUCGAACAUGAAAAAGCUGAGUGAGCUGAAUCUGGGAAAGAAUAAAAUCUCCAAAGUCGAACUCAAAGGACUGCCACAGCUGCAAAAGCUUUAUGUUCCUGACAAUCAAGUUAAAGCAAUGAAAAAUGUGAUGCUCAGAGAUCUUCCAUCUCUUAGUUUAUUGGCGUUGGAUAAAAAUGGAAUCAAAUCAUUGGGAGCUAUUGCAUUCCAAGGACUUAGCAAAUCGAUCGGUUUGGCAACCUUGUCGCUUGCAAGCAAUAAUAUCAGCCAGAUUUCCCAUCGAACAUUCACCGUUCUGCGAAAUUUGAAAACUCUCGCCCUUCAGGAAAAUGAAAUUCAAAAUUUAACAGUUGAUGAAAUCUCAUUUCUUGCUCCGCUGAAGAAACUAAAGAAUCUUUUCUUGUCGAACAACAAACUGACGACAAUUCGGAUCAAUGAGUUACCGAAUUCAUUGGUACAAUUAUCCUUGGAUCACAAUUUAAUUAAUAGAAUUGAACCGAAGGCGUUCGACGGUUUAUCAUUAAAGCGGCUCUACAUUAAUAAGAACAAGAUUCAAUUCCUCUACCACGGUGCAUUCGACGGAAUGACUCCGGAUAAUUUGGAGGCUAUUGAUGUUUCCUCGAAUCCGUGGCAAUGCGUAUGUCGAAAUGCUGCCGAAUGGCUUCCCCGUUGGCUGGAAGAAGCUGAAGAAGCCGAUGUUUCCGAAGGUCCUUUAGGAUGUCUCGCAAUUCCAGGAUGCGGAAAGAAGGAAGGAGAACAAAAGUUGAAACCCGGGGAGCAGGAGACUCCAGAAUGGAUCACUGUUUCGGCGACGAUACUCGCUGCGAUCUCGCUCAUUCUUCUUCUGGCGAUUGUUAUUCUUUAUUUCAAGGAUAUUGCCCCACCGAAGCUCAUUCGUGCGCAUCGCGCUGAUUCGGACUUGCACAAGCUCAUCGAGAACGAUAAUUUGAGUAAUUUCGCUGACAGCUGCAUUAUGGUGACGCCGAUGCUCAAAAAACCGAACUCGACAUCAAACGGUGAAAAGAAGAAAGUUCGAUUUGAGGAAAAUUGA